AGUGCCAUAGACAAAACGUCCAUUCGCCAGUUUUCGGGCGAGAAGGCAGCGCAGUUUGGUAUUUUAUUGAGCGGCCUGCCAAAAGAAAACUGAAACAUGGCAAAAUCUAUGUCAGCUACCCAGGCAAAUAAAGAACAUGCCCUGGUUGUAUCCAGGGAUUUCAUAUCCCAGCCCCGUCUGACUUAUAAGACUGUGUCUGGUGUGAACGGGCCGCUCGUCAUCUUAGAUGAAGUAAAGUUCCCUAAAUUCUCGGAAAUUGUCCAGCUAAGACUUGCAGAUGGCACCCUACGAUCUGGUCAGGUUCUGGAGGUCAGCGGCACCAAAGCUGUUGUACAAGUAUUUGAAGGCACAUCAGGGAUUGACGCCAAAAACACCCUUUGCGAGUUCACGGGCGACAUCUUGCGUACCCCAGUAUCUGAAGACAUGUUGGGACGUGUAUUCAACGGUUCUGGUAAGCCAAUCGACAAGGGACCCCCAAUCUUGGCAGAGGACUUCCUUGACAUCCAGGGUCAGCCCAUCAACCCUUGGUCCCGUAUUUACCCCGAGGAAAUGAUCCAAACUGGUAUCUCCGCCAUUGACGUGAUGAACUCCAUCGCUCGUGGACAGAAGAUCCCCAUCUUCUCCGCCGCUGGUUUGCCCCACAAUGAAAUCGCCGCCCAGAUUUGUAGACAAGCUGGUCUCGUCAAGGUCCCAGGCAAAUCGGUGCUCGACGAUCACGAAGACAACUUCGCCAUCGUGUUCGCCGCUAUGGGUGUGAACAUGGAAACCGCGCGAUUCUUCAAACAGGACUUCGAAGAGAAUGGUUCCAUGGAAAACGUGUGCCUGUUCUUGAACUUGGCUAACGACCCCACCAUUGAGAGGAUCAUCACUCCCCGCUUGGCGCUUACAGCUGCCGAGUUCUUGGCCUACCAGUGUGAGAAACACGUGCUGGUCAUCCUAACAGACAUGUCCUCAUACGCCGAGGCUCUGCGUGAGGUGUCCGCCGCCCGCGAGGAGGUGCCCGGCCGACGUGGUUUCCCCGGUUACAUGUACACGGAUUUGGCCACGAUCUACGAGCGCGCCGGGCGUGUGGAGGGCCGCAACGGCUCCAUCACGCAGAUCCCCAUCCUGACGAUGCCCAACGACGACAUCACCCAUCCCAUCCCUGAUUUGACUGGUUACAUCACUGAGGGACAGAUCUAUGUAGACCGUCAACUCCACAACAGACAGAUCUAUCCACCAGUCAACGUGCUACCAUCUCUGUCUCGUCUCAUGAAGUCCGCCAUCGGCGAGGGCAUGACUCGCAAGGACCACUCUGAUGUCUCGAACCAGCUGUACGCGUGUUACGCCAUCGGCAAGGACGUGCAGGCGAUGAAGGCCGUGGUGGGUGAAGAGGCCCUGACGCCUGAUGACUUGCUGUACCUGGAAUUCCUCGGAAAGUUCGAGAAGAACUUCAUCACGCAGAGCAACUACGAGAACCGCACCGUAUUCGAAUCCCUGGAUAUCGGCUGGCAGCUGCUCCGUAUCUUCCCAAAGGAGAUGCUCAAGCGUAUCCCGGCCUCGGUUCUCGCGGAGUUCUAUCCCAGGGACUCGCGCCACUAGACCUCUAUCCCGACACACGGCCCGACAUUCUAUCCCUAAUACU